AUGUCCAAAACUUCUGCUAGCAAGAGCAACACUCAAACGGCCGCGUGUGGCUGCUGGUAUUGCACAACGAGAACUCAAGAUAGCCGACGUCGCGCUACAAAGAAGACGUCCAUAUCAGUACGACGGGUUGACCCAGUCAAACUGGAAAGCCUUCUCAAUAGGAUCUUCAAAGAUAAAUAUGCCGUCUCGAUGCGAGACAACUCAUACACAAUCUGGGCUGAACGCCAGCUCGAAGAACGCGAGACCCUGGAGUGCUGCUGA